UCUCGGUGAAGUCGGCGCCAAUGAAAUCGCUAUUAAAAUCUCAGCCAUUGGGAUCAACCCCGUCGACUGGAAGCUCCGCGAUUACGGGCUAUUCCUCGUUCCCGGCUGGUCGUACCCCGCCAUUCUGGGCUCUGACGGCUCAGGCACAGUCGCCGCCGUCGGCAAGGACGUAACCGACUUCAGUGUCGGCGAGCGCGUCUUCUUCCAGUCAGGAUACGGCAACGACGACAUCUCGUCGUUCCAGGAAUACAUCAAGCUGCCCGCUGAAAUCGUCCCAAAGACCCCCAAGAACAUCUCCGACGAGGAAGCCGCUUCCAUCGUCGUCGCCACCAUGGCCUCCGCCGUUGCCUUCUACGACAAGACCGGCCAGGACCUGACAGCACCCUGGGCCGAGGGUGGCAGCACAGCCGGCAACGGCAAGGCCGUCGUUAUCCUCGGCGGCUCCUCGUCAGUCGGCCAGUACGCCGUCCAGCUCGCCGCCCUGUCGGGCUUCAGCCGCAUCAUCACCAACGCCAGCGCGCCGCACCACGAGUACCUCCAGAGCCUCGGCGCGCACAUCGUACUCGACCGCAGCGCCAGCCUCGACGACUUCGUCAAAGCGCUCAACGGCACACCGCUAGAGUUCGUAUUCGACACCAUCUCGAACAAGGACACGCAAUCCCUGGGCGUGCAGAUCCUGCAAGCCACCAACACCCAGAACUCCCGCGUCGUCAUCGUAGGGAUGGUGGACGAGGAGGCGCAGGCGCUGAGCCAGUCCAAGGAGCCCAAGGUCGCCAUCCAGCAGAUUCUGGGCAUCGCGCUGGCGCCGCAUCUGCGCUACCUGAUCAAGGGCCUGGCGGCAAGUCUCGGCGGAGAGCACGGCUGGAUUGCGCAGGGCAAGUACAAGCCCAACCGCGUGGAGGUUACCGAGGGCGGGCUGGAGAAGCUGCACGAGGGGCUGGAGAAGAACAAGAAGGGGGUGUCGGGCGUGAAGGUGGUUGUGAAGAUAUAGACACGCACUGCGCGUGUUCUUCGAUGAAAGCGAAAUGAUAUUCUAGAGACGAGGAUAGA